GGCCAGGACUGCGGGCGCGGGGCAACACAGCUCGCCGGGCUCCGGCGGGCAGCGUGGCGUCCCCAGCCUGCGACCCCCGGGAUCUUCCUUCUGCUACGCCGCCUGAGCAGUGGCACAGCGCCGCAUGUGUCCCCACGCAAGCCCCAGACCCGCGGGCCGCACCUAGGGGCGGCGGUCCGUGCCUGGGGACGACCCCGGCUUCCCGCUCCAUCCAAGGCUACUCGAGCACCGCGGGGCCCUGCAGAGGCCCGCGCAGAAGGGACCAUGAAAGUGAGAUCAGCUGGCAGUGACAGGGAUGUACUGUGUGUCACUGAAGAGGACCUGGUUGGUGAAGAAGAGGACAUGCCAUCCUUCUCAUGCUCCCAAGAAGGCCGGGCAGGACCCCGCUGUAACCGCUGCCAGAAGAACCUAUCUUUGCACACAUCAGUGCGGAUUUUGUACCUCUUCCUGGCUCUGCUCCUGGUGGCCGUGGCUGUGCUGGCCUCUCUGGUUUUUAGAAAGGUGGACUCUCUCUCAGAAGACAUCUCCUUGGCCCAGUCCAUCUAUAAUAAGAAGCUUGUGUCAAUGCAAGAAAAUCUUCAAGGACUGGACCCAAAAGCCCUGAUCAAUUGUUCCUUUUGCCGUGAGGCUGAGCAGCUGGGGCAAGAGAUCAGGAAGCUCCAGGAGGAGCUGGAGGGGCUUCAGAAGAUGCUGCUGGCCCAGGAGGUCCAGCUGGACCAGACUUCCCAGGCCCAUGAGCUGCUCUCCACCACAAGCAGUCAAAUCUCCCAGGAGAUGGGCAGUUGUUCCUUCUCCAUUCACCAGGUCAAUCAGUCCCUGGGACUCUUCCUGGCACAGGUGAGGGGUUGGCAGGCCACCACAGCAGGCAUGGACAUCACUCUGAAGGACCUCACCCAGGAGUGCUAUGAUGUCAAGGCUGCUGUACACCAGAUCAACUUCACAGUGGGCCAGACUGCUGAGUGGAUCCAUGGGAUCCAGAGGAAGACAGACGAGGAGACCCUGACCCUACAGAAAAUAGUCACUGACUGGCAGAACUACACCAGGCUCUUUGGGGGUCUGCGAAGCACUUCUGCCAAGACUGGAGAAAUAGUCAAGACCAUUCAGGCCACCCUGGGGGCCUCCUCGCAACGCAUUAGCCAGAAUUCUGAGAGCAUGCAUGACUUGGUGCUGCAGGUCAUGGGCCUACAGCUACAACUGGACAACAUCUCUUCCUUUUUGGAUGACCAUGAGGAGAACAUGCAUGACCUCCAAUACCACACCAGAUAUGCCCAGAAUCGCACAGUGGAAAGGUUCGAGUCUCUGGAAGGACGGAUGGCUUCUCACGAGAUUGAAAUAGGCACCAUCUUCACCAAUAUCAAUGCCACUGACAACCACGUGCACAGCAUGCUCAAGUACCUGGACGAUGUGCGGCUGUCUUGCACACUAGGCUUCCACACCCAUGCUGAGGAGCUCUACUACCUGAAUAAGUCUGUCUCCCUCAUGCUGGGCACUACAGAUCUGCUCAGGGAGCGCUUCAGUCUGCUCAGUGCUCGGUUAGACUUCAAUGUCCGAAACCUCUCCAUGAUCAUGGAGGAAAUGAAGGCCGUGGACACACACCACGGAGAAAUCCUUCGCAAUGUCACCAUCAUCCGAGGUGUCCCCGGCCCUCCAGGACCAAGAGGACUCAAAGGAGAUACAGGUGGAAAAGGACCUGUUGGUGGCAGAGGACCUAAAGGGGACCCUGGCAGUCUGGGACCCCCGGGACCCCAGGGUCCUCAGGGGCAGCCUGGGGAACCAGGACCUGUGGGAGAAAGAGGGCCAGCUGGCCCCCGAGGCUUUCCAGGUCUCAAAGGCUCAAAGGGCAGCUUUGGCACUGGAGGACCAAGGGGGCAGCCAGGCCCCAAAGGGGAUGUGGGACCCCCAGGACCAGAGGGGCCCCCAGGGUCUCCAGGACCUUCAGGGCCUCAGGGAAAGCCAGGGAUUUCAGGAAAGACAGGGUCACCAGGCCAGCGGGGGGCCACAGGGCCUAAGGGUGAACCAGGCAUCCAGGGUCCCCCUGGACUACCUGGACCUCCAGGUCCACCAGGGAACCGGAGCCCCUACUGAAAAAAGUCUUUGGCCUGAUGCUGCCAUGCAGGCUAGAGAGGGUGGGUCAGAGAAAGCAGCCAGAAGGGCUUGCUAUCUGCAAUCAUUGUUCUUUGAUCCUAAUGUGAGAGUGUCUCUUAAAGCUGACUGCAUAGCCUUAAGCUUCCCAAUAAUGACUGUACCAUAGGAAAACAGCUCACACCCUCCCCCUGACUUUUUUCUGCUGGCCAAAGGGGGACCAACUGGGUUUCUAUGCCUGGUUAAAAGGAAAGGUUGUGAGAGCCUGCUGGGGAGUGGGAAGGGUAGUUACCUGGGGAAGAAUGUCUUAAAUCUGUUGGAUGGUAACUAGCUCUGGACUCCACAGUGACUUAACAUCCAUGCGAUCCAGGUCUUGAGAAAAACAUCCAGGGAAACCUUAGGGGCAUUAUAGAUGAAAUUCCAGGGAUAGCAGCACACACACACACACACACACACACACACACACACACACGUAACAGUCAUGAGACAGAGUCACAUGGAGUUGCCUUGACCCACACUGGGCAGGAGAAUUCUGCCUGGCUGGCAUUCCCAGGCCUUGUGCAUGGGUGGUGACCCUGACAAGUUCAGAGGAUUUUUAUUCACACAUCUAGAAAAUUCCUCUCUUCAGUCUUACCUCUGUAUCUCAAAAGUGGCCUGGAAGGAACCCCAGCAGAGUUUCAUCGGCAGGCUGAGAGCCUACAGGUCCCAGAACAUUCUGCUUGACCACAGGGCUGGAGGUGGGAGAUUACAUAAGGGGUAAACUCCUCUCUCCAAAGCCACCCCUUAUUCAACCCAGUCUGCCAUGCCUUGUUCCCAGUAAGAGCCAAGGAGGAAGAAGCUGGUAACAUGGUGGCUCUUGCCUCCUCUUGGUUGACCUAACAGAUGCACACUGACCUCACCCCACUAUGACCUAAGAUGGCUGGAGUUCUUCCCACAUGAACAGCAAGCUGGACCAGGCAUGCGAAAAGCUGAACAUGCACAAGGAACCUUUGAUGUUGCUUCUCAUCUUUCAUUAACUCCUUGCAUACACUGGCAGAAAGGGAUGAUGGGAAAGGCCUGCAUUGUCUUCACUCCGUUUCUGUAGAGCUGCCCUGCUCCUUCAUACUUCAGCAGACUCAGACACUCCUAGGCAGAGGCUAGAGCUGUCUCCUCCCUUGCCCUGCCUCAGAGACAUGUCUUCUUCUUCCUGUUCAAAGGCUCUGUGCCAAACUUGCUCCUCAACAUCAGUGUGCAACUGGCUUGCACGGCCCAUCCACCCCUACUGUAUAAUUGUCCUGUCUACAUAUGAUAAUAUCAUGCAACACAGUAUCACUGGCCCAGUAAAGAACUGUUUCCAGUAGGGAUGUGUCUUCUAGUGUUUGUACCCAACCUGAGGAUGUGACCCCGUCAGGGACCCAUUUCAUAUUGACCUUCAGAGAAGUAUCCCUGGCAAGGGUUCUGUUGCAGAAUCUGAGAUAUGAGAGGUCUUCUUGGAGUUCCUAGUGGUUGGCAGUGAAGCCCAACCAAACAUCUAAGGAACCAUAUGUGAGUCACUGACUUCACUGCUUAAGGGUCAUGAGAGUGAGCAAAGCCUAAAAGCCCAAUGUGGUAACCUUUCUUAUCAAAGGCAGACAUGGCUAUAGCUUUGCAUGAAACCAGAAAGGGAAAGGAGGAGGAAGUAUAGGGAGCCAGGGGGUGGUAAGUCUCAGUAAUAGGAACUCUGGAGGAAAGGGGGCAAGUCUCAGUGAUAAGUCAGGGCAUGCUCAGAAGGGCGACACCCACGUAAAUAGCUCAAGGACAACAGGAAAGACAUGUCAGUGGAGUCAGCUCACACUCUUGGAUUAUAAGCAAACCUCCUGAAAACUUGAACUACUGGUUGCCACACUACUGGUAGGGGAAGAAUUAGGCCAGGCCCUGGGAUAAAGGAAAGCCCAUGAGAGCAUAUCGGCUAGUGUCUUGGAGUUAAAGUCUAGCAAAGUCAGAUCUGGGACCAAUUCCAAGGGAUGCACUUGGGGACAAAAUGAGAGACUAGACACAGGAAUUUUUUUUAAAUCAAUCUAAAACCAUAAAAGCAAAGAUUAAAAAAAAAAAAGUCCUAAGAGGCCGGGGCUGUUAGAAACCAACCCAUGAUUGUGUUGCUUAAGAAGCCAUUUGAUUUAAGGUCUCAGACAGAAGUCAGAAACCACUGAGCCCAUACAUGCAUUCACAGGGUUCCCUCAUGGAAGGGUGCUGUGGGUAACUAGGGAGGGGCUAUGGAACUAGAAGGCUAGCUAAUCCUAUGAUUACUGGGAGAAGACAUAAAACUCUCCCUUCCUCCCCUCAGAUACCUGGUCGCUCUCUCAUCUCUCCAUCACUCAGUGACUACUGAUUUCUCUAAACUUGUCUCUUUUCCCUGACCAGCAUCUUCUAUUUACAUGAGAGCCAACAGAACAGGACUAAGAUUGGCCACCCAUGGGCCGUGAUCUUCAGCUAUAAUUCCUAGAUUCUAGGUGAAAGCCCCAUUGCUAACCCCUUGAAACAAGGGUUUACCUGACCCAAAGAGCUGCACCAGCAGAUAGACGGAGGGAGGGAACAGGGAUGAGUGACAACAGGAUUCACAGAGUGAGGUGAACUAUGGGAAAGCUAGCAGCCAAGUCCACUGGGUAGUGUAGCAGCAGGACAGUGCUGCAUGGCUUUAUCUGAGAAGUCCAUUUCUGUUCCCCAUGUUGAGACAGACUUGGGCAAGCUGUUUAAACACUCUCUUAUUUCAUCCCAUGAGAUUGCUGGGGAGAUCUUCUGGCCAGCUACCCAGGGUAUUUGGUCUGCUCAACUACCACUAGAAAACACCUCAGAUUGCAUGGUUCCAACAACAGAAAUUUAUUUUCUCACAGUUCAAGAGGCUGGGAAGGUUAAAAUCAAGGUCCCAGCUCUUCCUGGUUUGCAGAUAAGGUCUUACACUUACCUAAUAGUUUAAAGCCCAACCCUAUGGCUUCACUUAAGCUUAGUGAUUUUCUGAAGAGUGUGGCUUCAGAUAGUAAGUCAAUAAGUCAGGGUACCCAGCAGCUGUCUGUCAAUCAAUCAGGGUACCCAGCAGCUGUCUGUCAAUCAAUCAGGGUACCCAGCAGUCAGUCUUCCAAAGACAUCAGCUCCCACCAUCACACAGAAUCUAAGCUUCAUAAGCUUCACUGGAUGCUCACCACUCUGCCAAUGAACAUUCAGAGCAGGCAGCCAGCAUGCUUCCUACAUUGUGAGAGUCCAGCCCUUCUGUCCUUUCUUCCUCUCAUCCCUCUGUCCCAUGUUGUCACACAGUCCUUUAGAGGAUCUGAACUGGUUUUCAAUUCUAUUGGAAUUCCAAAGAGCUGACUGGAGCUUAGGAGUGGGCAGUCAGAACCAUAAAGCCUGAGACAAAUGGGAUGACUCAUGAGACCUGGUGAGAUGGAUACCACUUGUCUGAGGGUAGGGUGGGCUACCCGACAGGGUUCAUCAGUGGACCUAGGGUUUGGACAGGUCAUACCCCAGCCCUGCUGGACCUUUCCUCCUAGUGGGGCUAGAGGUCCAGAACUGACCUCUUGGACCUUCAGGUUCUUCUUCAGAAAACAGAGAAUGGGUGGUCUUGACUGCCCUGGGCCCUGGACUCUCACAUUUAUCUGGCCUAACCAAGCUGUCUUUCUCCCCUCCCCCACCCGACCUGCCCCUUCUGCUCUGUUGCUUCACUGGAUCUCAGUAGAGCCGAGAUAAUAAAGUUUGAAUCUUUGCAGACAGAUGAUAGCCUGUAAGAUUUCAGCUACUAGAUUCAAAGCACGGA